AUGGCCGAUCAGCCAUACCUUCACAAUGCAGUUAUGUACAGCACAGCACAUUUCUCAAUCAGCCGAGACACGUCCGUAUGCGACAUAGCCUACCACAAUCGACUUGCAGUUAUAGAAGCUCUUAAGCCUGAGAAUAUCGACCGGGCUUUUGCGGUGACUCGAGAGAUCGCCUUACGCGGGUACACUAUCCACGUCUGCGAACCUGGGGAGCUCAGUUUCACCAUCACCAACUGGACAGCAGCUUGGCAUGGGAUUGAUUUCUCUAAAUGCCGUGAUCAACCUGCCGGCGAAGACGAAGAACUGGUUGCAGACACAGAACAGCAUGCUGAACCACAGCAUGUACCCACACCAUCACCGCUUGUGUUUGGUCACUCGCUUCCCAGAGGAAGGCCUACCAGAUUCAACGCCCAGAUCAUGUGCAAGGCGGAAGGCGGCUGUUGGUGCGACUUCACAUCAUCCACCAAGAACAUGGCCCUAGUUGACCAGCUCAUGAGUGUUGAUCCAUCCCCGGAGUCAAUAUAG